UGUUCUAGUUUCGUUUAAAGUAAAGCUUUCCCAAGGACAAGUUUUUUUGUUUAGUUUUUUUUUUUUUCCAGAGCAAGUACAGAACAAGAAAGGUUUUUUUUAUGGAGUGAAUCAGUGAGAGAUGAUGGCGUAUGUUUCAGAGCAGCUUCUGGCUGUUCUGGAUGAUCUAGAAACAGAACAGUUGAAGAGGUUUAAAUGGCACUUAAAGAUUCAAAAGAGCCUUCCAGCUGCUGCUCUGGAGAAGGCAGACGCGCUUGACACAGUGGAUCUACUGAUUAAGAGCUCUGGACCAGAAGAAGCUGUGAAGAUCACGGUGGACAUCCUGAGGAAGAUGAACCAUAACAAUCUGGCUAAAGAGUUAGAGAACAAACUAAAUCAAGUUCAGACUGAGAGCAACAUUGAGGAUCCUGUGCUUGUUGGACACGAAUCAAAACUGAUGAGAGAAAACAACAGUGUUCCAAGGAUCAGGGACGACUUCCUACAAUAUUCCCAUCAGUUCACUCUGGAUCCAAACACUGUGAAUAAACGCCUACGUCUGUCUGAGAGCAACAGAGUGAUAACACACACAGACACAGAGCAGCUGUAUCCUGAUCAUCCAGACAGAUUUGAUGAUUGGGAGCAGGUGUUGUGUAGAGAGAGUGUGUCUGGACGCUGUUACUGGGAGACUGAAUGGAGUGGACGUGUGUAUAUAUCAGUCUCAUAUAAGAGCAUCAACAGGAAGGGAGUCGUUGAGUGUGUGUUUGGACGUAAUGAUCAGUCCUGGAGUUUGUACUGCUCUCCCUCCAGUUACUCACUCAGACACAAUAACAUAGAAACUAAACUCCAUGUAAAGUCCAUCAGCAGGAGAAUAGGAGUGUAUGUGGAUCACAGAGCAGGAACUCUGUCCUUCUACAGCGUCUCUGACACUAUGAGCCUCAUCCACACAGUCCAGACCACAUUCACUCAGCCACUCUAUCCUGGGUUUACUGUUUAUAAAGGAUCAGUGAAACUGUGUUGAUGAAUCGCUAUAGAUUACACAGUCUCUUCUUUUCUCUUAAUGACAUUAAUACUGCAGCUGAACCUCUGUCACUGAAACAACAUGUCAGAAUUAAUGUGUGUAAUAAAUCUCCAUUCUUUAUUCAUUCAUUAUUAGAAGAGUAUCUAUUGAACCAAUAAGUUGUGUCAGUAACACCUUCAGGAAACCAAGCUUUUACACAAAAUUGUAAUUUUCCAAUUCAUGGGUAACACAUGUAAACAGAAUACAUAAA